UAGGAAGGCUAUACGCAGCAAGAUCCCAUCAUGAAGACUUUGCAGCAUACCACGAGAGAUUCGCUCAUCAAGAUGCGUUGCUCAACUGCUGCUGUGGGAAACCCAAGACACCAGUCCAUUUCUACUUCUGCAAGCGUGGACGCAAGGCUACACCGCGCUACCUCCGCCAACGUAUGGCCAAAGCAAGCAUUGAUUUCUUAUUAGGUUCUACUAAGGGAGCCUCUCUUCUAUGUGAAUAGAUAGAGGAGACCAAUUUCUUUUCCGAAAUUUGCCCGAGUCAUUGAACAGGAACGUUAGGUGAAGACGGUAGCCUAUAACAUAGUUUAGAUUAGCAUAGACCAUGUCGGCAUAGCGCCCGGCACGUCCUUUUGUUACCAGACGUUAAAUCCAUCAUCAUCAUCAUCAUCAUC